ACUUCUAAGGAGAAACUUACGGCAGGCUAUUCUAGGCAACGGCGAGCUCAAUUUCUGGAACAAACGUUGGUGAUCAAAGGUGGAUUUGAAGCUCUGACACAUAUUUCAUCAUGCAGAGUUGGGGAAUUAACUCUGCUAUUAAGCUUCUUACGUAUUCCAGUGAGCUCAAGGAUGGACAAGUGCUCUAUGCUUCUUCCAAUUGUCAUCCUGUUAAGGCCUUAAACCGUGAACCUGCUGGUCAUGCCUUCCAUUCUGCUGCUCUCAAACUGCGUGGUUGUGCAAAGGAAGCCACAAGCAAGAAUGAAGAUACCGAUAAGAAAGUCCCAAAGGAAAAGGAUAGUGAAUAUAUUCCUUCCUAUGACUCGCAUAACAUCAAAGGAAAGAAGAAGUCGGGGAAGCAACAACAUGAUCACUAUGCGUUGUUGGGUUUGGGAAAUUUAAGAUAUCUUGCAACAGAGGAUCAGAUCAGAAAAAGCUAUCGCGAAGCUGCACUGAAGCAUCACCCUGAUAAACUUGCUACUCUACUUCUUGCUGAAGAGACAGAAGAAGCAAAACAAUCCAAGAAGGAUGAGAUAGAAUCUCACUUCAAGUUGAUUCAAGAAGCAUAUGAGGUUUUGAUGGACCCUACAAAAAGAAGAAUAUUUGACUCUACGGAUGAGUUUGAUGACAAAGUCCCAACUGAUUGUGCUCCGCAAGACUUCUUCAAGGUUUUUGGUCCAGCUUUUAAGAGAAACGCAAGGUGGUCGAAUUCGCCUUUACCAGAUUUGGGAGAUGAAAAUACACCACUUAAAGAGGUUGAUAGGUUCUACAAUACUUGGUACACUUUUAAAAGCUGGAGAGAGUUUCCUGAAGAAGAGGAGCAUGAUAUCGAGCAAGCAGAAUCCCGUGAGGAAAAGAGAUGGAUGGAGAGAGAGAAUGCAAGGAAAACUCAGAAGGCUAGAAAGGAGGAAUAUGCUCGGAUUAGGACUCUUGUUGACAACGCAUAUAAAAAAGACACAAGAAUACAAAAAAGAAAGGAUGACGAGAAGGCUAAGAAGAUGCAGAAGAAAGAAGCAAAAGUUAUGGCCAAGAAGCAGCAGGAAGAAGCUGCUGCUGCAGCUAUUGAAGAAGAGAAAAGGCGAAAAGAAGAAGAAGCAAAACGUGCGGCAGAGGCUGCUCAGCUGCACAAGAGGGCCAAGGAAAAAGAGAAGAAGCUUCUGCGCAAAGAACGAAGUCGGCUCAGAACUCUCUCCGCACCUGUUCUGUCCCAGCGUCUGCUUGGCGUCUCUGAUGAACAUGUGGAAGAUCUAUGUAUGUCACUUAACACCGAGCAGUUGCGGAAACUGUGUGACAAGAUGGAAAACAAGGAAGGACUGGCUUUGGCAAAGGUGAUCAAGAAUGGGAGCAGCAUUGAUGAUGAUGAAAUAGAGAUUAAAGAAGAAAAAGAAGAAGUUCAAGUAGCUGUUAAGCAGAAUGGUCAUAUAGAAGCCAAUGGUCAUGUAGAAGCCAAAGUAGAUACUGCUACUCAUCAGAAGAAAGAGAAACCAUGGAGCAAGGAAGAGAUUGACAUGCUGAGAAAAGGAACAACUAAGUUCCCAAAAGGAACAUCUCAAAGAUGGGAAGUCAUAUCAGAGUACAUUGGUACAGGAAGAUCUGUGGAGGAAAUUCUCAAGGCUACUAAAACAGUACUUCUCCAGAAACCUGACUCAGCUAAAGCUUUUGAUUCUUUUCUGGAGAAUAGGAAACCUGCUGCUUCAAUCACUUCUCCUCUCUCUACACGAGAGGAACUCGGAGAACCUAUUAUACCGACCAAACCUCAUGAAGACAACAACUCACCCAAAACAGUGACCGCAGAACAGAAUGGUAAGAGAGAAGAGAACAGCAACGGCAACUCUGAACCAGAUGCUGCUGCUGGUUCAGACCCAGACGGUUGGUCUGCUGUGCAAGAAAGAGCUCUGGUUCAGGCUUUGAAGACCUUCCCAAAGGAGACAAACCAAAGAUGGGAGAGAGUAGCAACAGCUGUUCCAGGGAAAACGAUGAAUCAAUGCAAGAAGAAGUUUGCUGAGCUUAAGGACAUCAUCAGAAUCAAGAAACCCACAGCCUAACUUAUCCGAGCCCUCGAGCUGCACGCUCUGAGAUUUUGUUUUGACAGAGAAGAGCGUGGACUCAAUUUUUGUUA